UAUCAGUUCACUGUUUUCGCCCAAAUUUACCCCUUUUGUACUUUAAUUUAUUAUUUUUAAUGUUUUAUAUUAAUUUUUUCUCAAAUUUAACGAAAUUUUUAUUUUCCGAAUUGUUUCCAAAUUACGCCCCUUUACCCCUAAUUUUAACCCUUUAGCCCUAAUUUUAUCCCUUUUAUACACUAAUUUACCUCGUAAUAUUAGUGUUAAAGUUAAUAUUUUUACUAUAUAAAUUUCAGUUUUUACACAUAGUCCACAAUAUCACCCCUGUCAACAGUAAUAAUUGUGUAUUCACUGUCAAUAGUGUUUUAAGAGUGUCGGUGGUGUUGUCGGAUGUCGGAGGAUUUACCGAUUUUGGUGAUUGUGGGCCCUUCUGGUUCUGGUAAGACAACGUUGAAUGCGAGGUUAAUUGAGGAUUACCCCCAGGUAUUUGAGAACUCAAUUAGUUAUACAAGCCGUGCAAUGCGUCCGAAUGAGCGUGACGGGGUGCAUUAUAACUUUGUGUCUAAGGAGGAAUUUGAUCAAAUGUACGUCGACGGCGAGUUUGUGGAGUUUACAACUUUCGUGGGAUUUCAGUAUGGAACAGCCCGAUCAGAGCUGGAACGGAUACAAAAACUAGGCAAAGUCCCGGUACUGGAAAUUGAUAUUAAAGGCUACAAACAACUGUUAGAUGCAAAUUUGAGGUUAAAGGGCGUGUUUAUUGAGCCACCAGGACUUGAAAUCUUAAGGGAAAGGUUAAUUAAAAGAGGUUGCAACACUGAGGAAUCGAUAAAUAAAAGAGUUGAAAGAGCUAAUCAGGAACUUGAAGAGUCAAGGGAUUGCUACUUCGAUGCCAGACUACCAAACGAAGAUCUGGACGUUGCAUACAAGGAAUUUGUUAAUGUCCUCUCACAGUGGUAUCACAUCAAACCAUAAUUUUUACACCCAU